GGGUCCCACACUCACUUCGAUAACCAGCUUAGCUUUUAGCUUAACCUUAUAACCCAGCCGCUUUGCUGUGCAAUAUUCUCUCUCCUCUCUCUCUCCGCCGUACUCCACCGGAAAGUAAGAAAACAACAACAAAACCCCACCUCCCAUGGCUUCCAAACACUGAUCAAUUAAUCAAACAAACAAAACCCCCCAUAAAACCACUUCCCAAAACCCACCCUCUUUCUUCGGCUGCUCUCUUCUUCUUCUUCUUCAUCCCCUAAUGGAGAACUACUCCAACUACUCCUACCCGGACUCCCGCGACUCCUCGCCGCGCUCCCGCGAGAUUAUCGACUGCGACAACGCUUCCUGGGACGAGCCCCAGCCGCCUUCCUCCUCCUUCAAGGCCAAAUUCAUGUGCAGCUAUGGCGGCAAGAUCCAGCCCCGCCCCCACGACAACCAGCUCGCCUACGUCGGCGGCGACACCAAGAUCCUAGCCGUUGACCGCUCCAUCAAGCUCCCCGCCUUUCUCGCCAAGCUCUCCUCCAUCUGCGACGCCGACGUCUACUUCAAGUAUCAGCUUCCCGGUGAAGACCUCGACGCCCUUAUAUCCGUCACCAACGACGAGGACCUCGACCAUAUGAUGAUGGAGUACGACCGCCUUUACCGCGCCUCCGCGAAACCGGCCAGGCUUAGGCUAUUCCUCUUUCCGUUGAACCCUCCUCCGUCCUCUGAGACUAGCUACGGAUCGAGCGAGACCAAAUCGGACCGGCAGUGGUUCGUCGACGCCUUGAACUCCGUGCAGAUCCCUUCUCUUGAAGGUUCGUCCCCUCCGGCGGCGGCUGCGGCGGCGGUCUCGGCGCAAAAUCCGGAUUUUCUGUUUGGAUUCGAUAAGGGAUACUCCGCGGUUCCGGCCGGGAAAUACUCGGAUUCCGCUCCUCCGCCGACGGUUCCCGACUCGAUCGUCACGAAGGACGUUUCCGCUGGAUCGGACUGUGGAUCGGAGGAUCGGCACGUGGUCGGGGAGCCGGUCGUGUCUCCGGCCGAUAUCCAGAGACAGAUCCAGGAACUUCAGAGGUUGCACAUCGCAACUCAAGAGCAAGCGAUGCUGCAGAGGAAGUACGAGGAGGUCGGAAACCCUAGGACCUACACCGGAGACUACUACCAGAAGGUUCCAGAGAAAUUGGCUCCGGCGCCGGCUCCAGCUCCGGUUCCAGUCCAGGUCCCGGUACCAAUCCCUGCUACUUACGUCUCGGAACGGCACGUGACCGCCGGGGGUUAUCACAUGGCGACGGCGGCUCCCACCGGUACGGAACAACCGGUUUACCUAAUUCAGACUCCAGGAGGCAUGUAUCAGGCUCCGCCGAUUCGACCCGUGACCGGCCACGUCGGUCAGCCGUACUACGGCGUUCAGAGGAUGGUACCGCCUGAGGUUUACCGGGAAGCACCGGUGUACAAUGCGCCGCAUCCACAGCAGCCAAAGAUGGGAACUUAUACCGAACAGGGAAUUUAUACCGAACAGGGAAUUCCAAUGAUGCAGCAGCCGCCGCCGCCGCAGCAGCAGCAUCAGCAUCAGCAGCAGCAGCAUCAGCAGCAGCAGCAGCAGCACCAGCAGCAGCAGGACCACCAG